UUCACUGGAAAGUCACAUUUAAACAGCUUGAUACAAAUUCAAGUUCUUUUUUCUAAAUUUGAAUCUUCCAUCUAUGGUACAUGACUGGGGCGACAAUAGCUGUCGCUUGUUGCGCGAGAGACAACUUCUAAAGCAGCCGCCAGCAUGUCCGAGGAGUUGCCUGGAACCGUCCGGAGGACAAUGUGUCGAUAUCAAAGCCGUCAAACUGGGCGAAGGCGUUCCGGACGUUGUCAAGAACUUUCUGGAGCCCGAGAUACCAGUACGGCGCCGGAUAGAUCUAGCCGAUGUGUGCGCCAAGUGUGGCACCCGGGAAUCGGAGAAAUGCUGCAACUUGUGUGAGGCACAAGCUGCAAAGGAACCAAAUCUCUGCUCCGCAGCAUGUAGGCCCCAGGGCACAAUGCUCAAAACGAGGCAGUUAGUGCAACCCACACGACCAAGACCUCCGUAUAAGCACUCCGUUUUUUUGGAUGACAACACUUUGGUGGGCCGAGUUUUUCCAAUGAAAUUUCGCAUACGUCGCCGGAAAUGCGAGUGCCAAGACUGCCGGAGGGAUCUGGCGGCACGCGAAACUGUGACGGGCAACGAGGAUCUGAUACUGUUAUCCAACUGCUGCAACGUGGAGGUCUAUCCGCGUCAGAAGCUCGACAACUGGCAUCGGGUGCCCGUGAGCACGAUAACCGGCGAGAAACAUUUCUCCAAGAAAAUUGUCGACGAAGUGUGCCAACUGGAGCCCAAAAAAGUGCCACCUCCGCCUCCAGUCGAGGAGCCAAAUAAACCCAAAACAUCAAUUAUGCCAAAAAAGAAAAAAAAGAAGAAAAAGAAAAAGAAGAAGAAAGGCAAAAAAGGCAAGAAAGGCAAAAAGAAGUAAAAUACUUUCGAGUUAAAAGUGCUUCGAAAAUAGUUUCAAAAAAUAUUUUCUCAAAGUACCGAGUUCUCGGUUAAAACUAUAGAAGACUUUAUAGAAAUUGCAUUAUUUCUGUAAACUUUAUUUAUAGAUUUAACUGAAAUUCUCGCACUUUGGGAGAGAUUUAGGUAUUUAUUUGAAAUGUUUUUUGAAGUAAUUUUAACACGAAUGUUUUAAAUUCUUAUUUUACAAACUAAAACAGGAUUAAACCAGAUAACCCUUUAAGGAACUGAGUAAUAAAAUUAC